CUUACCAGCGCAGACAGCAACUCAGAAACAGACAAAUGUUUUAAAAAUGGACGACCUGAAAGUCAGAGACUAUGAUAGCAUCACAUCAUUUCUGGGUCCCUGGGGCGCAUUUCAGCGUAGGGUUUUCCUUGCGCUGGCCAUAAGCAUUUAUCCCAAUGGCUUCAUUGGCAUCUAUAUCGUAUUUGUGGGCGACACGCCGCCUCACCAGUGCUACAUCCCCGAAAGCGCAAACCUGAGCGAGGCGUGGAGGAACGUGACCAUCCCCAUGGAGACGGUGGACGGCGCCGAGAAGCCCAGCUCUUGCCUCAGACUCAACCUGGCGAUGGUCAAGAACUACUCGGAAAAUGCCAUCGUCCCACACGUGGGGGUGGAUGUGGCGGAGAUACCUUUGGAGGGCUGUCGAGACGGGUGGACGUACAGCAAAGACAUUUACGAGUCAACCAUUGUCACCGAGUGGGACCUGGUGUGCGAGGACUCACACAAACUGCCACUGUCCUCCUCCAUCCAUUACUGCGGGGUGCUCGUUGGAGCGUUCCUCUCAGGCCAGAUGUCGGACAGAUAUGGAAGGAAGCCAGCCCUGUUCACCAUGAUGCUCCUUCAGACGAUUGCUGUGACGGCGCAGAUAUUCUCUCCCAAUUGGGAGAUCUUCACUUUCACUUUCUUCCUUGCAGGCGCAGGGGGGUUCUCCAAUUACAUCAUCGCUUUUGUGCUGGGAACAGAAAUCCUCAACUCCAAGGCUCGGGUGGUCUUCUGCUCCCUGGGGGUCUUCAUGAGCUCCGCCAUAGGAUACAUGCUUAUGCCGCCGGUGGCGUACGCUUUGCGCUCAUGGAGGAUGCUGAUGAUCCCCAUGGCCGCCUCAGGACUGAUAUACAUACCGCUAUGGUGGUUGAUCCCAGAGUCUCCUCGCUGGCUGCUCUCUCAGGGCCGCGUGAAGGAGGCGGAGGCCAUACUGAAAGUCGCUGCUCAGACAAAUCAGGUUGCCACCCCAGACGCCAUUUUUACACAGGCUGAGAUAGAAGAUGCUUUGAGGAUGAAAGACAAGAAAUAUACCAUCAGAGACAUUGUGAGGAGCUGCAACGUUUACACCAUCACCCUGUUGUGUCAACUUCUGUGGUUCGUCAUCACCCUCAGCUACUACGCGUUGAUCCUCAACACCUCCAACCUGCACGGCGACCCCUACUUCAACUGCUUCCUGUCGGCGUUGGCGGAGGUGCCGGCGUACCUCAUCGCCCUCCUGCUGCUGCACUUCUGCUACCGCCGCUUGUGCCAGUCCACCACGCUGCUGGUGGGCGGAGUCAUGAUCCUGUGCGUUCACCUCAUUCCCAUGGAUCUCCAGUGGGGGGCCGUGCUGCUGGAGAUGUUGGGGAAAUUCGGCGUGACGGCUGCGUUCUGCGUGGUGUACACCGUCACCUCAGAGCUCUUCCCCACUGUCAUUCGGAACACGGCCAUGGGCUGCUGCUCCAUGGCCGCUCGUAUCGGAACCAUCCUCUCCCCCUUCAUCAUCUACUUGGGUCAAUAUUAUCAAGCGCUACCGUACAUUCUCAUGGGAACGUUGGCCAUUUUUGGGGCCCUCCUUUGUCUGCUGCUGCCGGAGACGUACGGAAAACCUUUACCAGAAACCAUGUCGCAGAUGCAGACCGUGUGUAGGCAAAAGGGCAAAGCAGAAGAGGAGCACGCAGAAGGCGUAAAGGAUUAUCCCAAUCAUGAAUCCAGGUUUUAAGUAGUUAACAACUCAGAAGCUACGUAUAUGUUUAACUUAUGUACUGUCUGAUACUGUAAAUAAAAACAUACUUACAUUUA